AUGGAGGACUUCAGAGAGUAUAUGCGCCUGAAAAACGAGAAGCUGCACGAGCAGUUCUUGGAACAGCAGAAGGCUGCUCAGGGAGACAGAGGCGGCAUCUUCUCGGGAGUCUGCAUUUUUGUGAAUGGAUUUACGAAGCCUUCACACCUGGAGCUCAAGCAGAUCAUGGCUAGUCAUGGCGGGAUAUUCAGAAAUUACCUGCAGAAAGACGUCACGCACAUAAUAUGCAGCAAUCUGCCAGACUCCAAGGUCAAGCACCUCGAGAACGUGAAGGAGAGAGAUCCAAAACCCAUCCUCCUUCCAGAGUGGGUCACGGACUCCUUGGAAGCUGGCCAGCUAUUGCCGAGCAGCGAGCCAGCAGCUGAUUUGCCACCAGGCAGCCUACAUAGUCUGAUAGCAGCGCAGGCCAGACAGAGAUGUGACAUGCUCAAGGGCCCGCCGCGGUCGUCCCGCGAAGACCCUGCUUUCCAGGCCAAUUACUUUGCCGCCUCGCGUCUGCACUUUAUUGGCAGCUGGAAAGCGCGCAUAGAGGCGCUUGCAGCAAGCAUGGCCAACAAUUCCCCCAAAGCGUGCCCGCCUGCUCGCGGCUCCUCUCGCGCCAUCAUCCACAUUGACAUGGAUUGCUUCUUCGCCUGUGUUGCAGCGCUUGGGGAGCCGGCUCUGCAGGGCAAGGCUCUGUGUGUCAGCCACUCUGCCAGCUCGAAAGGAGCAGGCGAGGUGUCCUCUGCCAAUUAUGAGGCCCGCGCAUUUGGCGUUCGGGCCGGCAUGUUCAUCUCUGAGGCCAAGCGCCUGUGCCCAGACAUCAUUGCAUUCAUGGAUGUGACUGGCCUGGGCGAUCCUGAGGCCAUUGCCGGCAAGCUGCGCGCGCAAAUUGAGGCCGACACUGGCUGCACAGCCAGCGCAGGGAUUGGACCAAACAUGCUCCUCGCCCGACUUGCCACCAAGCGGGCCAAGCCGAAUGGCCAGUUCCUCAUCAACUCAGUGCAGGUUGACUUGCCAGGGGUGGGUUGGUCAAUGCGUGAGAAGCUCAAGGCGCUGGGCAUUACAAGUGUGGCCGACGUGCGCAACUCCAGGCUGACAAUGCUGCAGCAUGAGCUGGGCACGAAGUCUGGUACUCUGGUGUGGGACUAUGCCCAUGGCCGGGAUGACAGAGUGGUUGCGCCGUCCCAAGUGCGCAAGUCUGUCGGCGCUGAGAUCAACUAUGCCGUGCGCCUGGACAGUGUGGGGGAUGCUGACAAGUUCGUGGAUGAGCUGGCAGGAGAGUUGGCUGACAGAAUGCUCAAGGCGGGGGUCAAAGGGCGUACGCUCACCCUGAAAGUGAAGCGCAAGAAGUCAGGGGCACCAGAGCCAAUCAAGUUCCUGGGACAUGGGAUCUGCGACAAUCACUCUAGGAGUGUGACCAUGCCGAGGUUUGUAGGGACGAGGACGGUGCUAGCCAAGACUGGCAAGGAGCUGCUGCGAGCCAUGAAUAUCCCAGCACCAGACAUCCGUGGCUUGGGCCUGACGAUGACAAAGCUGGACAAUGAUACUGCCUCCAGUGUUGCUCGCCCGAGCGCACCUGCUCCUGCAAAGGGGGCACUUCCUGCACAGAGCCUAUAUGAUCCCAAUGCUCACAACCCCUUC